AUGUCUUCCAACGAUUUCAGUAGCAGCUGUUUGGUAACCGUGGUCGGAUCGAUAAGUGCAGACUUCACUUUCCAUUGUAGACUACCCAGAUUGCCUAAGCCUGGUGAGACUGUAUCCGGUGAUAAGUUCACUAAAAGUUGGGGAGGGAAGGGUGCUAAUCAAGCUGUCGCUGCUGGAACUCUACUCUCUACCAACACUACUGAUGUACCUAGAGUCCAGAUGAUAGGGUGCGUGAGUGCUGAUGACGGCCUUGGAACUGCAUAUAGGGAUCACCUCAAGGAUAGUGGUGUUGGUGUCGAUUANNNNAUAGGGCUGGCUAUGCAGCCAACAUCAUACACAAGGGCCCAGUCAUGCUGGCCUGUUGGUAGGUGGAGUAGAUAG